CACUCAGCCUUGUACCACUCAGCGUAAGUUUAAUACUUUCCGUAAAACGUAAGACCGUUGUGCCUGAUUCGUUUGGGAGGUGUUGAACAGGGCUUAGUCCGUUCAUUCAGGCUCUUAACGAGUGAAGAGAACCGGACCCUCCCUUUUGUCACAUUGACUGCAGUCGUUGGUUGAGAAGCAGUACUGCUGUUUGUCCCUGACAGCAAGACCUAAGGCUAGUAGCUAGCAGCAGCAUCCUUAAAGCAGCCAUGAGCGCGCCGGCAGGACAGCGAAAGACGCCCAAUGAGUUCCUGAAGCAGGUCAUCGGCCGACCAGUGGUCGUCAAACUCAACAACGGCAUCGACUACCGAGGCGUGCUGGCCUGCCUGGACGGCUACAUGAACAUCGCCCUCGAACAGACCGAGGAGUACAACAACGGCCAGCUCAAGAACAAGUACGGCGACGCCUUCAUCCGCGGCAACAACGUGCUCUACAUCAGCACGCAGAAGCGACGCUGAGCUCCGCGGCUACCCUCAUCCCCCCCCAUCAUGGACGCGCAACUGGCGGAGCGCGACGACGGCGUGGCUCCAGACGCGCCGACAUCCGCCGCGUGGCGCGGUGUUCGCUCUCGGGCGCAUCCUGCCCCCCGGACGUGCCGUUUCGAACGCGCGAUGGCCGGCGCGCUGCCGCAGCCCUUCACACACACACACACGCGAGUCCUGUUUUGUCCACUAUAUUUUGUAUCAAUAAAAAAUAAAGGCCGGUGCUGAACA